AUGGGUGUAGCCGAUACGAUCAUUGGGAUUUGCGGCAACAUUGCCGCACUCGUUUUGUUCCUCGUACCAGCGAAAACUUUCAACACGAUCAGGAAGAAGAAAUCCACCCUCGACUUCUCUGGGAUACCCUAUGUCACCACCCUGCUUAAUUGCUUGCUUUGGGUCCUGUACGGCCUCCCCGUCAACAAGGGCAACGUCCUGGUGAUGACCAUCAAUAGCUCCGGGAUCGUCAUCCAGACGGUCUACAUUCUCCUCUUCCUCUACUAUGCUUCGUCCUGGGCUGCUCGGAGAAAGAUUUUGGGCAUCUUCGUGUUUGAUAUUGUGGCCACGGCUGCAUUGGGCGCAGGAGUGAUCCUUGGUGUUCACAGUAAAGCCACCAGGAUUACCAUCCUUGGGAUUUCAUGCGUGGUUCUCAACAUUGGAAUGUACUAUGCACCACUAUCGGUUAUGUGGCUAGUGAUCAAAACUAAAAGCAAUGAAUACAUGCCUUUUCUAUUGUCACUCAUGGUGCUGAUCAACAGCUCCUUCUGGACCAUCUAUGCCUUUUUGCUUAUGGAUAUCUACAUUAUUAUCGUUUGCUUUUUCUUGGCUGCGAGAGCUCCUAUUGCAGAUCAGGCACAAACACAGCAAACUAGCGCGCAUCUGCUGUUCAGCGCGGAGUGCGAGAUCAUCUCACAAAACUCUCAAAGAACACCUGCUGCAUGGUGGACAUCCUCGGACGAUCCGGCCGCCUUGAAAUUGCCGAGGAGCUCAUCACCACAAUGGCGUUUCGCCCGCGGGAGUGGAGUACGAAAUACGUGCUCCUCUCCUGUGUAUCUUUCUGCAAUGUCUGGACCCACGAAACGUUGCUCCUUGCUCGGCAAGCACGACCGGUGA